CAUGUGAUGUCAUGCCGCACCCCGCCCGCGGCCAUGCGUAUUGAGCUUGUUAUCGGGUCGCUUGUUAUGACUGGAGAAGGCCUCGGACUCAAUUAAAAUUUAUCCCCGGGACAGCCGCAUGCUCAUGGAGGGCAUGGACAUAGACCUGGAUCCGGAGCUCAUGCAAAAAUUCAGCUGCAUGGGCACCACGGAUAAAGAUGUCCUCAUCUCGGAGUUCCAGAGGCUGCUGGGCUUUCAGCUCAACCCGGCGGGCUGCGCAUUCUUCCUGGACAUGACCAACUGGAACCUACAAGCAGCUAUUGGUGCGUAUUAUGACUUUGAGAGUCCAAACAUCAACACGCCGUCAAUGUCUUUUGUGGAAGAUGUGACGAUUGGAGAGGGGGAGUCUGUUCCUCCUGACACACAGUUCACAAAGACGUGGAGGAUACAGAACACCGGUGCAGAGUCAUGGCCCCCAGGUGUGUGUUUGAAGUAUGUUGGCGGGGAUCAGUUUGGCCAUGUGAACAUGGUGAUGGUGCGGUCCCUGGAUCCACAGGAGAUCUCAGACGUGAGUGUGCAGAUGCGCAGUCCAGCUGUUCCUGGCAUGUACCAGGGCCAGUGGAGAAUGUGCACUGCCACUGGACUCUUCUACGGAGAUGUGAUCUGGGUGAUCUUGAGUGUGGAAGAGGGAGGCCUGCUGGGCGUCACACAGCAGUUAUCCUCCUUCGAGACAGAGUUCAACACGCAGCCCCACCGCAGUCUGGAGGGAGACUUCAACCCUUUCGCCUCACCACAGAAGAACAAGCAGGACACCAAUGAGGAUCAUCUAAAAGACCCCGGGGGCCACUGGGAGGCCCCUCUGGACUCCAUUCAGCAAGAUCAAAAUGGACUCAAUCACACCUCUGUAAAUAUUACACCAAAUGGUCUCCAAAACAACUUUUCAGUAGUGACUUACAGCCAGGGCAUUAAUGGACCCUUCCCGUUCGGACAGUCUUAAGAUACAGAAACCACGAGUAGCUCAUCAGAGCUGCUGCUUUUGCCCUUUGCUAGGGUUCAGUGAGAGGAGGAAGAGAUUUACUCUAAAGACUUGGUGACCCUCCCUCUCCCCCGACGCAUCACAACAUCACAUAAAUGUGUGGACAAAUCUGUUUUGCUCCAAAUCAAUAUUGAACCAACACCUGAGUUAAGCAUGUGUGAAUGCUAGAUUUAAAUGAGUGCUAGAAAUUCUACAGAGAUCUAAUGAAAAAUACACAGUUUUUUUGAUCCGUAAUUUCACAUUACAGCAGGAAAUUCAGAUGUGUGAGUGAGUGCACGACUGCACAAGAGAAGCCGAGGCAAGACUGAUAGAUGAAUGAGUGAAUCUUACGAGAAUGUGUCAUGUUUCACACCACAAUCAAUAGGAAAGCAUAAGAAAUGUAUAUUUUGCGUAAAGAAAAAGAUAGCAAGUUUUUAGGACUUUUAAGAGAUAUUUUGCCUCAUGAAAAUUAAGCACAUUUUCCCUCUUAAUUUUCAUUACUGUAAUAAAACUGGGCAUUUUAUUUUUCAGAUUCAAUGUUUCUCACAUUGUUUACAUUUUUGUAUAGAAUUUUACAAUUGCACUAUUUUUUUGUAAGCCUAAUUGAAAUGCAACCAAUUAACAUAUGGCAAAAAAUAUAUUUCAUUUUGCAUCAAAUUAUUAAUUACCAUAAAAAUGUCACAACGAAGGAAAUCGAAGUCCUAAAAACAGGCUUGCUUUUCUUUAAGCAAAGUAUAAUUUUUUCCUUUUGGUUUUGCAGUGAAAUAUUACUGGGGUUUAUUCUUGACAGGUUUUGCGGUGGUCACCUCAGUAUGUGUGCAACUAAGUGUUUCAGCCAUGCACAAAAGCCAUCAACAAAGAAUUAAUGCCUGUCAAGUAGUUUUAUAAUUUUUCAUCAAUGUUCUCUGACUUUUUCUUUAUAAACUGAACAGUUUUGAGGAAAAAGGUCAGUGUGCAUACUUUAAAUUGUGUAAUUGCUUUCAUAUGGUCCUCUGCCAGCCACUUGUAAUUGUUUAUUACAAAACUGUUCUCUGGAUUCAGUUAAAAAGAGAGAAAAAAAGCCCAGCAACCUGUACAUCGUGCAUGAGCACAUUAGGUCUCAUUAUAUUGAAGUAUGCAUCUGUACUGCCACCACAGGUCAAGUCAUAGCUGUCGUCAGAGAUCUUGUUGCUGUCAUCUUAUUCGUUUACAUUGAUGUUGUCCUGGAGUUCCUGAGUGCUGAUGUUGGUUUUCACUCAUAAUGACUCAGUCCAUCAGAGAUGAUAGCAAGCAGAUGUGGCUUUGGUUCCCUCGUUUACUGACUUAAAAGUUCACAAGCACGUCACUGAUAGAUUUUCCCAACCAUACAUAUUUGUCAUUCACCUAGACCUACGAUGGUAUUAAGCUGUUUUAAAUGAGCUGAGGGUGUUUUAAUGAGGGGAAAGUGUGAGAAUGAGUUCAUUUUAAAGGAAUAUUUUGGGUUAAAUGCAAGUGUAUGUCAUCUGUAACUGAAAAUAAUUUGGAUUUGUACCUCUACCUGAAAAUGUAUUGACAUGUAUAUGCCUAGAAUUGAAGUCUGUGGCAAGUGCACUACUUUCAUUGUAAUGGCAUUUCCCUAAACACUUUUUUUUUUCUUUUAUCUUAAUAAGAUACCAUUUAUUUUCUUUGGUAGCAUUUGCAUUUAACCAAAAAUAUCCUUUUGAAUUUGUAUUCUUGAGUUGUUGCUAAAUGUUUAAAUGGCAGAUUUCAAGCUGGAACGCUCCAAGUAAUAUUUUAAUGCAUAAAAGAGUUUUGUGGAAUUGAUUUGAUUUGAAAAUAAUCGUGCCUCUGUGUUUGGUAUGAUGGAAAGCCUCUUGGAUGUUUAUAUCUUGCUAAAUAUAUCUGAAAUGUUCAC